AUGCCUCUCUUUCCAAGCGUUCCGUUCCCCAACUUUGCGGAAGAUUCCCAGUACCCAGUUGUGAUAGAGGAUUGGAUAGAUGCACAGGAUCCCACAGAUGAGGAAGAGGAGGAAGCCUCCAUUUCCUCUUCUACUUUCUACUUACUACUUUCCUCCUCUUCCUCCUCCUCAUCCUCUUCUCUGAUUCUUGGUGGCUUUGAGGAGGAGGAGGUGCACUCUGCUGGGAUGUCAAGUCUUCUCCAGAGCACUCCCAAGAGUCCUCCACAGGGUCCUUCCCAGCGUCCUCCCCAGAAUCCUCUGAGCUCCUGCUCUUCCUCUGUUUCAUGGAGCCCAAUGAAUGAAGAGUCCAGCAGUCACAAAGAGGAGGAUGCAAGUACCUGUCCUGGCCUGCCAGACAGUGAGUUCUUUCUCACAGAUACACUAGAUGAAAAGGUGGCCGAGUCAGUGGAGUUCCUGCUCCUCAAAUACCAAACAAAGGAGCCUAUAACGGAGUCAGAGAUGCUGACGAUUGUCAUCACCAAGUACAAAGACUACUUUCCUGUGAUACUCGAGAAAGCCUGUGAGUUCAUAGAGCUUCUUUAUGGCCUUUCCCUGAUAGAAGUGGGCCCUGACCACUUCUAUGUGUUUGCAAACACAGUAGACCUCGCCGAUGAGGGUAGUGAUGACAAGGGCAGGCCUGAGAACUGCCUCCUGAUUCUUAUUCUGAGUGUGAUCUUCAUAAAGGGCAGCUGUGCCGAGGAGGUCAUCUGGGAAGUGCUGAAGGCAAUAGGGGUGUAUGCUGGAAGGGAGCACUUCGUCUAUGGGGAGCCCAGGGAGCUCCUCAUUAAAGUUUGGGUGCAGGAACAUUACCUGGAGUAUCGGAAGGUGCCCAACAGUUCUCCUCCACGUUAUGAAUUCCUGUGGGGUCCGAGAGCCCAUUCAGAAAGCACCAAGCAGAAAGUACUAGAGUUUUUGGCCAAGCUAUACAAUAGUAUCCCUAUUUCCUUUCCAUCCUGGUACAAGGAUGCUUUGAAAGAUGUGGAAGAGAGAGCCCAGGCCAUAAUCUCCACCACAGAUGAUGCCACUGCCAUGCCCAAUGCAAGCUUCAGUUUCAUGUCCAGCAACUUCUCCUGUCCUGAAUGA